AUGCUGAUGCCUUGGCUUUUGUUUCCUGAUGUCCCAGGGCUUGGAAGCCAAGACCACAGAGAUUCACAGCUGAGACUUGUCUUAGUGGGUAAGACUGGAGCAGGAAAAAGUGCAACGGGCAACAGCAUCCUUGGAGAGAAAGUGUUUCUUUCCAGCCUUGCAGCAAAAUCGGUCACCAAGGUCUGUCAGAAAGGGGGCAGCCGGUGGCAAGGGAGAGAACUUGUCGUCGUGGAUACGCCUGGCAUUUUCGACACCGAGGUACGGGAUGCUGACACUGUCAAGGAGAUCGCUCACUGCAUCCUCCUGACCUCCCCGGGGCCUCAUGUUCUGCUCCUGGUGGUCUCACUGGGCCGGUACACGCCGGAAGAGUACAGGGCCACGAAGAAGGUUCUGGAAAUGUUUGGAACCCGAGCUAGGAGAUACAUGAUUCUCUUAUUCACCCGGAAAGAUGAGUUGGAGGGCAUGAGUUUCCAUAAAUUCUUAGAGGACGCUCCAGACGGCAUCCGAGAGCUGGUGGAUGAGUUUGGGGAUCGCUACUGCCUGUUCAACAAUCGGGCGACAGGAGCUGAGCAGGAGGCCCAGAGAACGCAGCUGCUGGCCCUGGUCCAGCGCGUCGUGGUGGAGAACAAAGGAAAAUGCUUCACCAAUAAGAUGUACCAAAAGGCCGAAGAGGAGAUUCAGAAACAAGUCCAAGUGACACAAGAAUUUUACAGAGCAGAGCUAGAGAGACGGAUAGCGCAGAUCAGAGAGGAGUUCGAAGAGAAAAUCAGAAAGCUGGAGGACAAACUGGAGCAGCAGAAACAAAAGGAAGAAAUGGAGCGAGAAUUAGCAGAGAAGGAGGCUCUCUAUGCUCUAAAGCAGCAAAAUGCCAGAGAUGAAGUUGAGAGUCAAGGUGGGAUACUUGACUUAAUCAUGCACGCAUUGCAGAUUGCUCAAUUUGUUUUCUCGCUUCUGUUUAAGGAAGAUUGAACGGAAUGCAAAGGUUUAUUUCCUGCAUGUUUCCUGGUGAUCCUACCCCCACACUCACUCACCAAAGUCAGAGUGCUCUCAGCUGCGUCUCCCAGGCUCUCCCAACUAAGCGAUGUAAUCAAGUUCACUGUUAGCGAUUGGCAGAGGUUUGGUUGACUUAACAGGGGAGGGCCAACUUGUCAAUUUGUGGAACUCCAAAGCAGAAAGUAUGGAUGCUCUCUACCUUGUGAAUUCCUCAAAGAAGAUGACCCCAA